UCGUCUCUCUCAUCUCCGCCUGCAGCUGAGGUUUUUUUUUCUGGUGGGUCAUAUCUAUUUCUAAGCUCUCUUUGUCUUCUUCAUCUUCCCAAAAUCAACAAACCCACACAAAUUCUAAAUUUAGGGAUUGGGAUUUGGAAUAUUAAAAAUUUCCCAAUCCAAUUAUUACUUUUCCAAGUAAUUUCUGUUUGAAUGUUGAUUACUAUACGAUCCUCCGUCAGGUGGAUUUCCGCUUCUUUUUUGAUUUAAGUUGAUGGGUAAUGCCAAUGGUAGGGAGCAGAGCACUCCCGGAGCACCAGCUGCCGGAGGAAGAGCUGACGUCGAUGCGCAAAGUCCGGCAAUUAGUUCGGUAAACAGUGAAACUAGUAACGUUGUUUCUUCAGAUUCGAUGGGAAAUACUCCUCCUCAUAGCCCUGGGAAGUUCCGAUCCCCGAUCUUGUUCGCUCCCCAGAUUCCAGUGGCUCCCUUGCAAGGAGGUAAUGGUCCAACCCAUUACAAUGGAGCCUGGCAGAACGAAUGUGAUGGAGCAAUAGAUAGUCCUCCAGAGCAAGGAAUCCCUACAAUCAUCACGUGGAGCUAUGGAGGCAGUAAUGUUGCCGUUGAGGGGUCUUGGGAUAACUGGGCUUCCAGGAAGACCCUGCAGAGGACUGGCAAAGAUUUUUCGCUACUUAUGGUCCUUCCAUCUGGAGUAUAUCAUUAUAAGUUCAUUGUCGAUGGUCAACGAAGAUAUAUUCCAGAUCUUCCUUUUAUAGCUGAUGAGAUGGGCAAUGUCUUUAAUCUUCUCAAUGUUUCUGAUAGUGUGCCUGAUAUUCUACAGAGUGUGGCCGAGUUCGAGCCUCCACAAUCACCAGAGACAACUUACAGCCAGACAUUCCCCACCGAGGAAGACUUCGCCAAGGAACCAGCAGCUGUACCAUCGCAGCUCCACCUCACAGUUCUCGGCAUGGAGAACGCAGAUGAAGCUUCAUCCUCAAAACCUCAACACGUUGUGCUUAACCACCUUUUUAUAGAGAAAGGAUGGGCUUCUCAGUCUGUGGUUGCUUUGGGACUUACUCAUAGGUUCCAUUCAAAAUAUGUCACCGUUGUCCUCUACAAACCACUCAACAGGUAGUUAUUGUCGAUUCUUCGCACUGAACGUUGUAAAGGAUAACGAGCUACUACACCCUCCAUCGUCUGUGGAGGAAUGUUGUUUUAUAGAACUGCCUUUUGGCUAAAGUUUGCUAGCAACAAAAUAACUCUUAUUCUGAUCAAUAUUUCUUCAAUCUGUGAAGAAAUGUUUGUUUUAUAGAACUGCUUGGCCAAAAAAGUUAUAUUGCCUUUUCUCUAAUUAUAUCAAUAGCUAGUAGAUUUUGAUA